UGUGUUCUUUUUCGGUUUUCUAAGCCUUCCGGUUCUCUCUCUCUCUUUCUUGUACUUUUCUCUCUAUCCUGUUUAUCCUGACUACGCCGGUAAACGUCUUCUUCUCGCCGGCAAACCGCUCACUGUUGCUUUCGCCGGCGACCAAUAAACUUGACUUUCCGAGACUAACUCAUUCCUUUUCACAUUCUAUUUUUAUUCUCGAAACAUAUGUUCCUAUUUUGUGACUCGGUUUUGGAUCUCCGAGUUUGACUCGGUCGCUUAUUGUUUGGCGCGUUUUGAGAGAAUGUGGGGCGGUUGGCGGUCGUUGAAGGCUUUGUUUUGGUAGGAGGACGAGAUCGUGAUCUAGGGUUUGGUUUUCGGAUUUGGAUUCUUUUCUUUAGCGGUUGGGUUCGAUUCUUUGCGAGUUUAAGACGGAGGCGUAUAGGCGGCGUUUGCGGAAUGAGAUGGUGGAAGGAAGGGCCUGUUUGUCUAAAGAGGCUAGAAAUGGGUUAGAAUUUAUCAAGCACAAAAGGCUUCAACGAAUGAAAUCCAUCAUUGUCAGUGAGACAAUUGGUGUUACCAACAUGAUGAGUAGAAGCGGAGGAGAGGCUCUGAGGUCUGCGGCAGCAUGUGGUGUGAGAAUACAUGGUACUGCAGAUUCAUCAUCACAGUCACGUGGUGUUUCAAUUGGAAAGGAUGCGUUUCCAAAGCGCAAGGUGGAUAAGUUUGAUACAAGUGAUCUAGAAUGGACUGCAAGAAUUCCGGAGUGUCCUAUAUACUAUCCGACAAAAGAGGAGUUUGAGGAUCCUUUAGUUUAUUUGCAGAGGAUUGCUCCGGAAGCUUCAAGAUAUGGUAUGUGCAAGAUCAUUUCCCCUCUGAAUGCGUCUGUCCCUGCAGGCGUUGUACUAAUGAAGGAGAAAGCAGGAUUCAAAUUUACUACUAGGGUGCAACCUCUUCGUCUCGCUGAGUGGGAUACUGAUGACAGAGUCACUUUCUUCAUGAGUGGAAGAAACUAUACUUUCCGCGAAUUUGAGAAAAUGGCGAACAAGGUUUUUGCUCGUAGAUACUAUAGUGCCGGUUGUCUUCCUGCUUCAUACUUGGAAAAAGAAUUUUGGCGUGAAAUUGCUUGUGGAAACACCGAAACCGUUGAGUACGCAUGCGAUGUUGAUGGUAGUGCCUUUUCCUCUUCUCCCAACGAUCCACUUGGAAGUAGCAAAUGGAACUUGAAGAAACUUUCUCGGCUGCCAAAGUCCAUUUUGCGUCUUUUGGAAACUGCUAUUCCUGGAGUAACUGAGCCCAUGCUUUACAUUGGGAUGCUGUUUAGCAUGUUCGCUUGGCACGUGGAAGAUCAUUAUUUGUAUAGCAUUAAUUAUCAUCACUGUGGGGCAGCAAAAACUUGGUAUGGCAUUCCGGGUCAUGCGGCUUUAAAAUUUGAGAAGGUGGUUAGGGAACAUGUCUAUACCCAAGAUAUCCUAUCCACUGAUGGGGAGGAUGGAGCAUUUGACGUACUUCUGGGGAAAACAACUUUGUUUCCUCCAAGUAUUCUGUUAGAACAUGAUGUUCCUGUGUACAAGGCUGUACAAAAGCCGGGGGAAUUUGUAAUUACUUUCCCUCGAGCAUAUCAUGCCGGGUUUAGUCACGGUUUUAACUGUGGGGAGGCUGUGAACUUUGCAAUUGGUGACUGGUUUCCUCUGGGGGCUGUAGCCAGCCGCCGUUAUGCUUUUCUCAACAGAAUGCCUCUGCUUUCUCAUGAGGAGCUUCUGUGCAAAGAAGCAAUGUUUCUUCAUACGAGUUUAGAACUUGAAGACCCAGAUUAUUCUUCUACAGACUUUACCUCUCAACAUUGUGUUAAGGUUUCUUUUGUGAAACUUAUGCGUUUCCAGCAUCGUGCUCGCUGGUCUCUUAUGAAAUCACGGGGAUGUAUCGGUCUUUCUCCGAAUCCUCAUGGAACAAUUCUAUGCACUUUAUGCAAACGAGAUUGUUACAUAGCUUUCCUUAACUGCAGCUGUUGCUUGCAUCCAGUGUGUCUUCACCAUGAUAUGGAGUCCCUUGAGUUCUCAUGUGGGAGAAGUCGUACUAUGUUUUUGAGGGAUGACAUUUUAGAAAUGGAAGCCGCAGCAAAGAACUUUGAGCAGGAAGAUGGAAUAUUAGAGGAGAUUUUGCAGCUAACUAAAAGUGGCGAUGAUUUGUACAUGUAUCCUGCCCCAUACAUGUGCCAGGGAUUUGUCGAGGAAGGAUACGCUCCUUAUUGUGAGGUUAGAUUUUCUAUGAAUGAGAAUUCUACUCUGGCUAAUUCAGGAGAGCCAAUUCAUCACCAGCCUACAUUGAACAAAAGCACAAGAAAAUUUAGACCUGAAACUUCAGAUUCCUCCAUUUCUUGCGCAGCUUUGAGUUUGGUGCCUUUUGGAAUUUCAUCUACGCCCAGAAAUGAGCAUCUGGUGCGAGCUAACUUGGGGAGUACUGAUUCUAAGACAUUCUCUGAAGAAAUAUCACAUUGCACAUAUGAUUCUUCUCUGUCCUCUCUCUCACGAGAUGAAUGCUUUAGUACACAGCAAAGAAAUUAUGUAUCAGAGCCUAAGGCUAGUAUGGACCAAGACAGUGACGGUUCUGAUUCAGAGAUAUUUAGAGUUAAACGGCGUCCAUCUUUGAAAGUGGAUAAAAGAAAUGCAAAUAAUGGCAUAUCAUCUAUGAAAGUGGAUAAAAGAAAUGCAAAUAAUGUCAUAUCAUCGAGGAGUUCUGAAUACCAGGGGCUUAAAAGAUUGAAGAAACUUCUACCUGAAGGAAGAAGUGAGCAAUCAAUGUCAUCAGAGUGCCGGAGAACUGCUGGACUAACCUGCAACUCCACUUCUAACUUUAAAGAGGGUCAGAAGGACAGGCUUCUACCUGAAGGAAGAAGUGAGCAAUCAAUGUCAUCAGAGAGUCGGAGAGCUGCUGGACUAACCUACAAUUCCACUUGUAACUUUAAAGAGGGUCAGAAGGACAGGCUUCUACCUGAAGGAAGAAAUGAGCAAUCAAUGUCAUCAGAGAGUCGGAGAACUGCUGGACUAACCUACAAUUCCACUUCUAACUUUGAAGAGGGUCAGAAGGACAGGCUUCUACCUGAAGGAAGAAAUGAGCAAUCAAUGUCAUCAGAUUACCGGAGAACUGCUGGACUAACCUUCAAUUCCACUUCUAACUUUAAAGAGGGCCAGAAGGAGAGGCUUGCUAAUGGAAGUAUGAUUCCUAUAUCUAUUAAGUUCAAAAAGUUGGCAAAUGAUGAACCAAGUAGAAAGCAAGAACGCAGCAGAGUAGACAGAUUCCAGCUUGAGUUGGGGAAGAAGAUCACAAAGUACGAUUCCUCAUUUUUAGGCUCACAGAGAAGGAUAUAGAUUGGCCCUUGGGUCAAGAAUGACAGUAGAUCUGGUUGACCUGCCUCUGGAGCAAUGUCUAGAGGCCGACUCGCUAACUUCAUUUUUCUCUAAUGGUGGGGGGUUCUAACGAACAAGGCAAGCCUGCAAGAUCUGUUUGGGGAGCAGUGGCUAAAAUUAACCAAGUUUAGGGCAAAAUUUUUAUUCUUUGUGUAGGGCCUCAAAUUGGGUGCCUUCCACGGAAUGUGAUUUUUGGGUUCUCUGGCCAGGGGUAUUUUUCCUUCUUUGGCAGGAGAACCUUCCUGCAAAGUUCAAAAUUUGGGGGUUAGUAACUUGGAUGUAAAUUUGACGUUAGCAGUCCAAUUAAUUCUUACAGAGGAAAGUGGGUAUUUCCACUUCUCCAUUUAACAUCAGUAUUGCUGCUGCCCUUGAUUUACAUUCUCCAUUCUUUUGUUAGCAAGGGACUACUCGAAUAAAUUCCGAGAAAUGCUUUUGUCUCUUGUCA